GGUCCCGCCACAAGAAUCGAAGUGCUGAGAGAGCGUCGACAGAUGUACACAGCUUUCCGUUUAAAGCAUUAGAAAGUCAGUAGAGGACGAGCGCUCAAGCUGGACGGUCGAUCGUUGCUGCUGAUCCGCUUACUUGCCAAUCAAGUACAGUUGCCGCCGGAAGUGAUCAACAACAUGCAACAUGUAGUCGCCAAAGAAGAAGAAGAAGCGGCAGCAGCAGUCGCUACAACAGCAGAAACAUCUACCUAUGGUCAGUGAUCAUUGAGACCGUGUUCAGAUCAUGCCGAAUGUACGCACUUCAUUAAGAGCUGAGCUUAAAAACUAUUUAACCCUGGGACUGACUGGCUGGCUGGCUGGCUGACGCAUCGAGAGAGUGAGAGCGCUGGCUGGCCGCAAGGUUGAAUCAAGUAGCAUGAUGCAUGCAUCUGAGAUAUGUGAGGCAUGGAGCAUAGAUCACGUUCGAUGCGGCGUCUUAUAAGCCAAACGCACGCAGCAAAUGCAGCGUAGAUUUUGCAUGUAUUUAAGUCCCCUUAAACGGGGGCGCUGGCUUCAGUUGGAUCACGCCGCAGCGCAUUGCAGCAGCGAUAGUUUAUAGCAAACAAAAAAAGCAAUGGGCAUGCCAACGAAAUGCGUUGGAGUAAAGCUCUUGAUGAUGAUGAUAAUGCUGCUGCUGGCGGUGACAACAGCACAACAGCACAGCAAUAAGACCACCAACUUCAAUGAGCCAUACACCAGCAGCACUAUGCCUAGCAGCAGCAGCAGCAGUAGCAGCAGCGAUGCGGAUUUGUUGGUCUCCGGUGAUCUGAACAAAGCAGCGCGUGUUGAGGAAAUGCGCGGCAGCUUAGCUGCUCGCUUUGAGACGGAUACGGAAAGAGAGCCAUCAACGGUAGCCAUGACUACACCGACUACGCCGCCUGCUGGCAACUACGAUGUUAUUGAUGUGCUGGCUGCCAGCAGCGCAGGCGUAGGCAGCUCGAAAAGCGGCCAGACUACGCGCAUUUAUACCACAGGCGAAGUGAAUGAUGACUUUUGGCUAAAGCAUCUGGGUGAUGACUUCAAGCAUGCCAUACACCUGCAAGUGGGCGGCACCAAUGAAGACUACAAUCGCAUCGUCAAUCAGACCAGCAAUGGUGUAGCCGAGGAAGUGCAUCAUGAGUACUUGCCGGGUGCAGAGCGUCCGUCAGGUGUAGACCAGCAACAGCAGCAGCAGCAGUACCAACACCACCAGUCUGCCUUCGAGCAACCCAAUAUGGUCAAUCAGGCUAGCCUCGAUGGCGAGGCUAUGGCGCUCAAGCAAAACUAUUUGCGCCAACAGCAACGCUACAGCAACAACUAUGCGCCACGCUACAAUCCACACAACAGCUACACACACACACACUCACACACACACCAUACACAUACCACACACACACAUCCACGCGGAUCCAAAUCGCGACAAGGGCUGCCCAAACGCUACAAGCAGCAGUCCAGUCCAAUCAAUAUCAACUCCAGCGAGGAUACGCUGCACACCGCUCAAUCACAGGCCACACCCACAGCUGCCAAGCUGCCCAGCAUGAGCCUGCCUGAGCACAAUAGUGAUAGUCAGCUGCCCUUUAAGUCGGCUUUCAAUGACUAUGGCAGCCGGCCAACGCGCGAUCUUACCUAUCUGCUCUACAAGCGUGGACUCUAACUUACACAUACACCAAAACACACACACACACAGACACUCACACAGUUACACACACACAACA